AUGUGGUCUUUUCUAGGCCUACUCACUGUCCUUCAAAACAUACUGCCUACACAGCUUCUCUCCUUUCUGCAUUCUGUCUAUGAAUCCCUUCAAGAGUUCUUUAGCCAGUAUUCUUACUUCGAAAUCCCAGAAUUCAAUGGCUACUGCGGAAUUGAUGUAAAUGAUCUUUACCGCCAUGUGAAUCUCUACCUCAACUCCAUCAACUCCUCCACCACCUGCUGCCGCCUCACUCUCUCCCGUUCUAAAUCUUCCAACAAAAUUUCAUACACUCUCGCACCCAACCACACUGUCAAUGACACCUUCAAAGGCCACCACCUCUCUUGGACUCACCAGGUUGAGACUGUCCAAGAUUCCCUCGACGAAAAACGUAGUUUCACUCUCAAACUUCCCAAGCGCCACCGCAUGAUUCUCCUUGAUCCUUAUUUGGAACACGUCACAACACGUGCAGAAGAAUUUGAGAGAGUUUCACGGGAGCGCAGGCUCUUCACCAACAAUGGACACGGUUCUUUCGAGUCGGGAUGGUCCUCCGUGCCCUUUCGCCACCCUUCCACAUUCGACACACUUGCACUCGAGCCGGAGUUGAACAAACAGCUUACGGAUGAUCUAACGGCAUUUUCUGAAGGCAAAGAAUUUUAUCACAAAAUAGGACGCGCAUGGAAACGUGGAUAUUUGUUGCAUGGACCUCCAGGGUCAGGAAAAUCCAGCCUCAUUGCUGCCAUGGCUAAUUUUCUAUGCUAUGAUGUUUAUGAUCUUGAGCUUAGUAAAGUCUCGGACAAUUCUGAACUAAGGGCCUUGCUCAUACAAACUACAAGCCGUUCGAUCAUAGUGAUUGAAGAUAUAGAUUGUUCAAUCGAUUUAACAGGGGACAGAGUAACAAAGAACAGGAGAUUACCAUCAAUGGCUAAAAAUAGCCGGCAUGGACAUGACAAUGGAGAGGAUAACGGGCGGGUGACUUUAUCAGGCCUGCUUAAUUUCACUGAUGGGCUAUGGUCAUGCUGUGGAGAAGAGAGAGUGAUUAUUUUCACUACAAACCACAGGGACACUGUCGACCCAGCGCUGAUUAGAUGUGGACGCAUGGACGUGCAUGUUAGCCUCGACACAUGCGGCAUGCAUGCCUUCAAGACCUUGGUGAAGAACUACUUGGGGGUGGACUCACACGUGCUGUUUGAUGUGGUGGAGAGUUGCAUAAGAUCAGGUGGGGGCCUUACACCAGCUCAGAUUGGUGAGAUCCUAUUAAGGAACCGUAGAAAUGCUGAUGUGGCAAUCAAAGCCGUGAUAUCUGCCAUGCAAGCAAAGAUUUUAGGAACUGACAUGGACAUCAUUGAGGGUAGCAUGGAAUAUGAUGACAUGGCAAAAUCACCGGACAGCCUAGAUAGGGGGUCGACUGAUUCUCCACCGGAGAAGAAAAGACGGGAGAGAUCUAAUUCUUGGGAAAGUAAAGCUAAAUUCCUUGUAAGACUCAAGUCUCUAACCAAAUCUGAAUCUGGAAGAAGAGGAAUUUGA